AUGUUAAGGAAGGGAACUUCAACAAUAUAUAGGACACACAAAAAAACCAAUAGCAGCAUACUCAGGAGCCAGCGAGACCAGACUAAGGUGGAUUCGUUGGUAGAAGAAUCUCCCAUGGGUGAUUUUGGGAUCCAUAACCAGCCUACACAGCCUGGGGUGAUAUACUACUUUGUUGAACUGACUAAUUUAGGCAUACAGGAGAACACAAGCAGCAAUAACAAUAACAAUAACAACCAUAGCGACGAUGAAAACGGUGGUCGAUACGGCCACGGUAGCAGUUUAGGUGGAGAUGUCCAUUCUCACCGUUGUUCAUCUACUUAA